AGGAGGACGAGGGCCAUGGCAGCAGCGCCGGCGGGGCAGCAGCAAAAGCAGCAGCAGCGCGCCUGGAGUUUAGUCGCCGCGCCCGUGUUCUCCGUCAGCUUGUGGCUCCUGUGCUCGGCUCCCCAGGUUGGUGGUGAUCAAAGCCAGGGAGCUAUCUUUCUACGUGAAUUUACCUUAAUUCGGAGAGAGAGUCUUAAUGAAGAUUUCCUUUCAGAUUUGCUGAAUACGAACCACAGAAUUGAAGAUACGAGUUCUCGAACUGCUCGAUCGGAGGAAGACCGAGAUACCCUGUGGGAUGCCUGGGGCUCAUGGAGCGAAUGUUCCCGUACUUGUGGGGGAGGCGCUUCCUACUCCCUCAGGCGCUGCCUGAGCAGCAAGAGCUGUGAGGGUCGAAAUAUCAGAUACCGAACAUGCAGCAACGUGGACUGCCCUCCAGAAGCAGGUGAUUUUCGUACCCAGCAAUGUUCGGCACACAAUGACGUCAAGUACCAGGGGCAGUUUUACGAGUGGCUCCCCGUGUCUAAUGAUCCUGACAACCCAUGCUCCUUAAAGUGCCAGGCCAAAGGGACAAGCUUUGUUGUGGAAUUGGCUCCUAAAGUGCUGGAUGGGACCCGAUGCUACACGGAAUCGCUAGAUAUGUGCAUUAGCGGCUUGUGCCAAAUUGUUGGCUGUGACCACCAGCUGGGAAGCACUGUCAAGGAAGACAACUGUGGGGUCUGCAAUGGAGAUGGUUCCACCUGCCGGCUUGUCCGAGGCCAAUAUAAAUCUCAGCUCUUGGCAAAUAAACCGGAUGACACCGUGGUUGUUAUUCCCUACGGAAGUCGACACGUUCGCCUGGUGCUGAAAGGUCCUGAUCAUCUCUAUUUAGAAACCAAGACGCUGCAAGGUUUGAAAGGCGAAAACAGUCUCGGCUCUGCAGGUUCAUUCCUCGUGGACAAUUCUAGCGUGGACUUGCAGACGUUUCCGGACAAAGAGAUACUGAGAAUGCCUGGCCCCCUCACUGCAGAUUUCACUGUCAAGAUCCGUUACGCUGGUGCUGCCGACAGUACGGUUCAGUUCAUUUUCUACCAACCGAUUAUUCACCGGUGGAGAGAAACCGAUUUCUUUCCUUGUUCCGCUUCCUGUGGUGGAGGUUACCAGCUGACUUCUGCCGAGUGCUAUGACCUGAGAAGCAAUAGAGUGGUCUCUGACCAGUACUGCCACUACUACCCUGAGAACAUUAAGCCAAAGCCCAAACUUCAGGAGUGCAACCUGGACCCUUGCCCUGCCAGUGAUGGAUACAAGCAGAUCAUGCCCUAUGACCUCUACCAUCCUCUUCCUCGGUGGGAAAGCACCCCAUGGACUGCCUGCUCUUCUUCUUGCGGAGGAGGCAUUCAGAGCCGCACCAUCUCUUGUGUGGAAGAGGACAUCCAGGGUCUCAUCAGCUCUGUGGAGGAAUGGAAGUGCAUGUACACUCCCAAGAUGCCCAUUGUCCAGCCUUGCAACAUCUUCGAUUGCCCCAAGUGGUUGGCUCAGGAGUGGUCUCCGUGCACAGUGACCUGUGGCCAAGGCCUAAGAUACCGAGUGGUUCUGUGCAUUGAUCACAGAGGGAUGCAUACCGGUGGCUGCACUGCUAAAACAAAGCCCCACAUCAAGGAAGAAUGCAUUGUCCCCACUCCUUGCUACAAGCCCAAAGAAAAACUUCCUGUUGAAGCUAAAUUGCCAUGGUACAAGCAAGCCCAGGAAUUGGAAGAAGGAGCAAUAGUAUCAGAAGAACCAACGUUUAUUCCGGAGACCUGGUCUGCCUGCAGCGUGACCUGUGGGGUCGGGAUCCAAGUCCGCUUGGUGAAGUGCCAAGUGCUGCUGUCCUUCUCUCAGUCCGUGGCUGAUUUGCCCAUUGAUGAAUGCGAAGGGCCCAAGCCAGCCUCCGAACGAGCUUGUUAUGGUGGCCCUUGCAAUGGGGAGACCAGCGAAUAUAGUCCUGAAGAGGCCGAUGUGUUUUAUGGCGGCUCGCAGGAUUUUGACGAACUCCAUGACUGGGAGUAUGAAGGCUUCACAGAGUGCUCUGAGUCUUGUGGAGGAGGUGUUCAAGAGGCAGUCGUGGCUUGCCUGAAUAAACAGACAAGAGAGUUUGCAGAUGAAAAUCUAUGUGUGAGCAGCCGGCGUCCCCCACAGUUGCUGAAAGCUUGUAACCUGGAGCCUUGUCCCCCAAGGUGGGAGACUGGGCAGUGGAGCUCCUGCAGCCUCACCUGUGGCGUAGGACUGCAGACCCGAGAUGUCUUCUGCUCUCACCUCCUCUCGCGAGAAACCAACGAGACGGUGAUCUUGGCAGACGGGCUGUGCCACAAGCCCCAGCCCAUCCUGGUGCAAGCCUGCAACCGUUUUGACUGCCCCCCAUCCUGGUACCUCUCGGAGUGGCAACAGUGUUCACAGACGUGCGGGGGUGGCCUUGAGAAGCGGGACGUGCUCUGCAAGCAGCGCAUGGCCGAUGGGAGUUUCCUGGAGCUUCCAGAAACAUUCUGCUCCCCUUUGAGGCCUGCCUCCCAACAAGCCUGCCAAAAUGAGGACUGCCCCCCUGAGUGGCUUCUUUCAGACUGGACGCAGUGUUCUGUGAGCUGCGGUGAGGGAACCCAGAAGCGAAAUGCUAUUUGCAGGAAAAUGCUAAACACCGGGCUUUCUGCCAUCGUCAAUUCUUCGCUGUGCCCGCCCUUGCCGUUCUCAUCGUUGGUCAGGCCAUGUGCAAUAGCAACUUGUGCAAGACACCAGAGGCCACCUCACAAGCAACCCCCUCUGAUCAUGGCUCAAAAGAAAGUCUUCAUCCAAACAAGGAAACAGCGAAAGCUGCACUUCGUUGUUGGGGGGUAUGCCUACCUUCUCCCCAAAACGUCCGUCAUCCUCAGAUGCCCUGUGAGAAGGUUCCGGAAGCCAAUGAUCACAUGGGAGAAAGAUGGCAAGCGGCUCAUCAGCUCAGCUCACGUGACUAUUGCUCCGUAUGGAUAUAUGAAAAUUCAUCGGUUGAAGCCCUCCGAUACGGGGACUUACACGUGCUCAGCAGGGCUGGCUCGGGAGCAUUUUGUGAUUAAGCUCAUAGGAGGCCACAACAAGCGCAUGGCCGCCUUGUCACUUGGGAUGAUGAAGGAAGAAGAGGCCAGCUUGAACGAAGCUUUGCACGCCCAGGAGAAGCAUCGGAACGGAAUCCUCUUCAACGGGAGCAAAACUGAGAAACGGGGGCUUCUUACUGACCCUAGCAGCCGGUACGAUGAUAUUGUCUUGAGGCUUCUGGAGUACAGAGGCUGGCCUCGCGACCACCCGGAGCCAUGGGAAGCUCAGGACUCUGCGGAGAGAAACGUCUCUUCCGAGGAAGAUCAAGGCCAGGAGUACAUCCUUCCUUUCACCAUGGUCGCCAGCCAGGAUCGUUUGGACGACAUCCUGAGAAACUUGUCCCAACAGCCAGAGGAAGUUCAGGAUGUCUAUAGCAAGCAGCUGGUUGCUCAGCUGGCUCACGAAAUUUUCAAGAGCCAUUUGGAACACCAGGAGUCCCUUUUCAAAACGCAAGGGAGCAGGGUCAGUUCUGCUUCUGUGGAGGUCCCGUUCAGCAAGUAUUUUUCCGAGUUCACCAGCUCCUUGAGAACGUCUUCGGCUGAAGCCCACUUGUCCACAUCACCGGAGCUGACAAACGGCUCGCGGGGGCCUCAUAGGAAGCCUGCCAUCCUCAAGAAGAUCUCUGCAGCACAGCAGCUCUCCGCCUCCGAAGUGGUCACCCAUCUCGGACAUACUGUCGUUUUAGCUAGCGGGACGCUAAGUGUGCUUCUUCACUGCGAGGCGGUUGGGAACCCAAGGCCCACCAUUAGCUGGGCAAAGAAUGGAGAGCUUGUGCAGUUCAGCAAAAGGAUACUUCUUCAGCCAGAUGACUCCUUGCAAAUCCUGGAGCCUGUCGAAGCAGACGUCGGAUUCUAUACCUGCAAUGCAACGAAUGCGUUGGGAUCUGACUCCGUUUCCAUUGCUGUCACGUUAGCAGGGAAGCCAUUAAUAAAGACAUCAAGAGCCACCCUGGUCAACAAGGAGUUGCCUGCUGUCACUGUUGAUAUUGGGAGCACCGUGAAAACCAUCCUGGGCGCAAAUGUGACCAUCAACUGCCAGGUUGCAGGUGUGCCUGAAGCAGAACUCACCUGGUUCAGGAAUAAAAUCAAGCUGGCCCCUGGCCAUUAUCUGCAGGAUGGGUCACUACAGAUUGAAAAUGUUUCUCUCUCAGAUCAAGGCUUAUACUCCUGCAGGGCAGCCAACAUUCGUGGGCAGAUUACUGAAAGCACUCAGCUUCUUGUUCUGGACCCGCCACAAUUCCCUCAUCGUUUGGAAGACAUGGCAGCCGCGUUGUCCAUCACAGGACCAGGCGUUCCUUCUGUGAUAACAUCUCCUUCGGGGACGAGAAAAGUGCUCAGCCCAGGGAGCUCUGUGCUGAUUGGCUGCCCAGUGAACGGUCAUCCCGCUCCUAAUAUUACCUGGUUUCAUGCUGGUCAGCCCCUCAGCAUGCCUCACCACGUCUUGUCAUCUGGAGAGAUUAUUCAGAUACUGAACAUCAGCCAUGAUUAUCAAGGAGAAAUCAGCUGCGUGGCUCAGAACGAGGCAGGCUCGCUCGUACAAAAAACAUCUCUGACAGUCCAAGAUUACUGGUGGUCGGUGGAUAAGAUGUCACCCUGCUCAGCCUCCUGCGGUAACAAGGGUCUGCAGUAUCACCAGCUGAGAUGCUUACUGGACAGAACCCAAGUCAACAUCUCCCACUGCAUGGAGAAGCCCAAACCGGCUCUGCAGCCGGUUGCUUGUAACAGAAGAGAUUGCCCUUCGAGAUGGAUGGUGACGUCGUGGUCCCAUUGUACACAAAGCUGUGGCGGAGGCAUUCAGACCCGUCGGGUGACAUGUCAAAAGCUGACAGCCGCCGGCAGCUCCAUGCCCAUGUCAAACGACGCAUGUGCUCAAAUUUCCAAGCGCCCGGUAGACACCCAGAGCUGUAACAGGCAGCUGUGUGUUGAGUGGGCAACUUCUGCCUGGGGGCAGUGUAAUGGAGCAUGCAUUGGAUCUCGACUGGCUGUACAACACAGGCAGGUUUUCUGCCGGACCAGGGAUGGGAUCUCUGUGCCUUCCGACCAAUGCAGUUCACUUCCAAGGCCUCUGAGCACGCAGAACUGCUGGACAGAUGCUUGUGGAGUGCACUGGAGGGUCAGUUUGUGGACUCUGUGCACGGCCACCUGUGGGAACUACGGCUUCCAGUCGAGGCGAGUGGAAUGUGUGCGCGUCCGCACCAACAAACCCGUGCAAGAGCACUACUGUGCAUGGAGACCGAGGCCGGCUAACUGGCAGCGUUGCAACAUCACUCCCUGUGAAAACGUCGAGUGCAGAGAUACCACCAGGUACUGUGAGAAGGUGAAGCAGCUGAAACUCUGCCAGCUCACACAAUUCAAAUCUCGGUGCUGUGGGACGUGUGGAAAAGCAUAAAGCUGGCAGGCAGAGAACUAUCCAAUGAAUUUGUCGCCACCAGCCACCCUCUGCUUUUUUU